UUAACAAUAAAAAACAUCAGGAAACAUCAGCAAAACAUAAACGUUUAUCUGACAAGGAGGCAGUGGUGGCUUUACACAGAAAUUGUCCAUGAACAAAAUGGGAUUAAACAUUAACCUAAUCAGAAGCCACUACAUGAAUCAAACAGCCCAUUGACUCUUAUAGAUUAAAGUGUGGAGCCGCAGUAAUGUCUGCUAUUAUAAUGUUUUCAGUUCACAUGAGAAUUUUUUCCUCUGCGUAAUUUCCAGUCUCUUUUUUCCCAGUGAAACUUCAUGGUCGUCCAACCUAUUUUUUCUGUCUUCUUCCCAGACUUUUUUCCUUUUUCUUUUCUUUUUUUUUCAUGUAGGCUAAUACACAGGCCGGCGCUGCAAUUUCGGAAUCUGCCCUUGUAUAUGGCGGACGAAAAUUUCCACAGGAGGAACCGCAACACAAACCCCGUGUGCAAGGCAGAAACGGAGAGCCUGCACGGACUGAGAAAACCUCGGCAAAUCCAUGAUUUAUUACGCCAUUACUCUUUACUAAAAUGUAACGUAGCGUGUCGCGGGGGAAAAAAACGCCGUAGUAAAAAUUUUUAACAUUUGGAAUUUCUCAUAACUAAUUCACAAUUUUUUUGGGGAAGCAGUUGUGCAGUCACCUCUGGUCGGGGAGGGAAGAUUUCUGGAGCGAGAGCCUGUUUCGCAUGAGCUGCAUCGUUUUUGGAGAAGCACAGGCUCAGAGGAGGCGGAGUCAUGAGUGCACAAGAGGCACCCAACCCUGGGAAGGAACAGGCGGACAGUGGGAGUGCGGCCACAGAUGGCCCCUCACCAACCUCAGCCACAGCGAACAAGAAUACUAGCCCACCACCUGUCACAGUUAAGAAAGAGCCCGGGACCUCGGAGACGAGCAAUGGGAAAGUUGUUGAUGCCAACCCUGCUGAGAUCUGUGUUGUCAUUGGAGGAAACGAUGGAGGAGCAAGUGGAGGUGGAUCCCGUAGAGCUCAGACCGAGGGUAUGUUUGCCCUUGGUACUCCUCCUCCAACGAAGAGCACAGACUCAUGCAUAGGUUCCUAUGUAUGUGGGGUAUGCGGGAAGAAGUACAAGUAUUAUAACUGCUUUCAGACACAUGUCAGGGCACACAGAGAAUCAGAGUCCAUGGUUGGCGAUGGUCUACCCCAGACACCCAACAGUAGCUUCCGUUACUCCUGUGACAUCUGUGGCAAGAAGUACAAGUACUACAGCUGCUUCCAGGAGCACCGUGACCUGCAUGCCGUUGAUGAUCCUUAUGAACAGGUAGUGUUACCUGUGGAUGGCCUUAAAGAGGAGGAGCCAGUUGAACCCUAUCAGAAAAUUGGACCAAAAACGGGGAGCUAUGUUUGUGAGUUCUGUGGGAAGCAGUACAAGUACUUCAACCCGUACCAGGAGCAUGUUGCUCUUCACACACCGAUGGGCUCCUUUGAUAUGAAGGCAUCACGGGUACAGGAAUGUGGUAGUAUGGAUAUGAGUAAAUUUGGCCACAGCCAAGCUGGAAAGAUAAAAAACAGUCCAUUCAGGCGGAAACUGGAGAGUGCGAUUCAGUCUAGUCUGGUUGACACAAACAGCUCACAGAAUUCAAGCGGAACUCCGAGCCCUCUGGUGGCCAGCUCCUUCUCUACAACACAGAAACCCUACACUUGUGGUGCCUGUGGCAUCCAGUUCCAGUUCUACAACAACCUGCUGGAGCACAUGCAGUCCCACGCUGCUGACAAUGAGAACCACACCAAAGGGGACUCUCCCAAAACCUCCUCUGCCUCGGGUCCUCAGGAGCAGCUGUGGAGAGGUUCUCAGGCUCAGGCCCAUUCCUCAGUUAAACUACAAAUCCAGCCUCAAAGUAUCUCCCAGAGAAACCACACACUCAGCCAAAAUAAUGGACUACCUGAAAAGGAGCGACAGCAGGUGGCUGAGCGCCUGUUACGGGUAAUGUGUUCAGAUCUGAGCAUGCUAAAUGUGCUUAACAGCAAGGACUUCCUGAAGUUGGCACAGACCCUGGUCGACACGGGUGCUCGUCAUGGUGCCUACUCCACCCGUGAUGCUCUUGGCAACAUGAGUGCCUUGGCACUGCGCCAGCUGCCCCGCAUGUACAACCAAGUGAAAGUCAAGGUCACGUGUGCUCUAGGCACCAAUGCUUCACUUGGCAUCGCUGUCACCUGCCACUCCCAGACAACUGGACCAGAUGCUUGCUAUGUUCUAACAGCCUACCAGGUGGAGGGGUCGAGACUGAAGCGCUAUGUGCUCGGUGUGAGGGAGGCUGAGCUGAGGGAAGGGCCGGAGCAGGUUCACCACUGGGUGCAGAAUGUGCUAUCUGAGUUUGUGAUGUCAGACAUUCGCACUGUGUACGUCUCAGAGCCGAGGGUUGGGUCAUCGGGAUUCGCAGGAUCACCACUGGGUGGCGGUGGCCGGGGGAGAAUAUGCUUGCGCUGCGCAGGGUGUUCCCUCGGUGCAGUUGUCCAGGCUGUUCUUGGGAAGCGCAGUCUCCAGGCUCGAGGUCUUCAUGAGCUGGCCGAGCUUCUCUCAACGUGCAGAGAUAUUGCCUCCUCCACUACACUGGUACUUCGUGAGGAACAGUGCACCAACACAUCCACAAGCACAACUGACGAAGGUACACAGGGCAGCCCCGCACAGUGCCCCACUCCUCCUUGCUGGGAUCGCAUGGCUGAAGCUCUUCUGCAGGUCCAUGCCCACUUUGAACAGAUUUGUGAAGCUUAUGGACGCAGUAAGGCCACGGCUCCACUACUCCAAGGUCUCAACAAGCAUCUGCUGGGCACGCUGGCUUGUCUGUUGGCACCUCUGCGCCUGGCUGCUCUGGAGCUCAGCAGCCAAAGGAGACCAACCUUACAGCAGGUGCUGCCCGUCUACCUUCGCUUGGAGAAGUUUUUCACAUCCAAAGCAGGAGAGGCUGGAACUGGCACUGCUAGCAAACUCUGCCACUACUUCCUAGAAGCACUCAAGGAAAAUUUCAAGGUUGAACGAGCUCACCAGGUAGCCAUGGUCCUGGACCCACAGCUCAAACUGCGUUCAGUGCCAGCAUACCAACAUGAAGACAUAAUCUACCGUGCAUGCGAAAUGGCUGCUGAACCCAGGGAUGGAGGUAUGACAGGUGGUGGAGGUUCAGGUGGUGAAGAACGCGACACUGAUGGUCCACCAACCCCUAAAAUAAGCCGCAUAGAGGGAGGUGGAAGCAAUGGUGGCACCUCGAGGGGGUCAUCCUCAUCUUGCACAGUGUCCAGUAAUGAUGACAGUCAGAGCCAAGUUAGACAAGAGAUUUUUCAAUACCUGGCCGAGCCCCUUGUCCAAGGGACACCUGACCUCUUCCAGUACUGGAGCUCAGCAGUGGGUGACAAGUUCCCCAGGCUUGCUCGCCUGGCACUGUGGCUCCUCGCUGUGCCUGCUGUGGGCAUACGCGGUGAGUGUGUGACUGUGUGCGAGCAGAGCCUGGCUAUGAAGAGGAGGCAGCAGGUCACUGCUGAGGAAAUGAACAAACUCAUUUUCCUUCGCUCUAACAUGGGCUAGAAGAGAAACCCAACCAACCCUAAUCAACCAAACUUUCACCUCCAACGAAUGACUCAAGACUAUUAUUUAUAUACUGUAGGUUUAGACCAACUGUAAACUUCAAUGUGUAUGGACAUUAAAUACUUCUUGAAACAGAUAUAUACAGGAAAACUCACAUUGUAUAGUUUGCAAACACCCAUAAAACGGCUUAUUACAUAUUUUAUAUGGAGGAAGGACUGUUGUAAAGUACUGUGGACAAAAUGUAGGGGUGGAACGUUAACUCUCAAAAGAUUGUCCUGGUUGGUACGCCACCCUCGGUAUGGGAUGCACAUGUAAGCAGGAUGAGUUUCGGUCUUCUCUUGGCCAGUGAUUUGAAUUACUCCAGCCUAACAACUAAACUGCUACUAGGCUAUAAUGCUGUUAUUCUCACUGGAUGGCAACAUUUUCAGGUAAAAUCAACUUUCACUGCUUGAAACAACUGUCAUAGACCUUUAGAAAAUAAUCAAACCAGAUGAGCAAAGUUGUCAAAGAGGGAUGAAGCAGUUAAAAACUGUAGCAUAUACAAUAUGUUGAAGAGUUAUCAUUUUCAUUGGUCUAUGACAAAAAGGAUCAAGUGGUGAAUCCUCACUGCCGUUGUACCUCGGACAAGUAAGUGUGCUAGGUUUAUGAUUUACUGUUAUGUACCACUGAAAAUGAUAUGUUUAAGCAUAUUCAGCCGCAGUGGAUAUAUCUGAGCUUAAUCAUUAUGGCAAAUUUUUUGAUGGUUGCUUCAGUGGUCUCAAAAUGUAGCUGCGGAUCAUUUGCAUGCACUGCACUGCAUGCAUUUUUUAACCACCAGGGUAAAAAAACACAAAAAAAACAGCUGAUUAAACAUUAAUUCCGAUAUGAUGCAUUCCUCCUUGUUUAUGUCACAAAUUGUAAAGAAAAAUCAUCCAAUGGUUUGUUUUCUUCCUAAAACAAAAGAGAUAAAAAGUGUUCUCAAGCUCUUAUGCUGCUAGAUAUGCAAGUCAAAUUGCUAGACUUGCACAGAAGGCCGAUAUUAUUAGGUUGACUUAAAUGAAGUCAUGCUUUUGAUUGAGUUUCCUUUACAAAUAUUUGUUUGGUACAUGCACAAAGAGGGCAGCAUUAUAUCAGAACCUGUUUGUGGUCAGCUUUUACACUGAUUUCAUUUAGCCUUACUCUUAGUAAGUAAGUUACUAUUAUACCUACAACCUUAGCUGGAUUGCAUCAACAAGGGAUUAAGACACAUGCUGAAUUAAUAAAUCUUAUAUUAUCCUAUGAUACUUGAUGGUACAACUCAGCCUGCAUGUCAGUAAAUAUACAGUGAUAACAUCUAGAGGCCACUUUGUUUGGCUGGAUGAUAGUCUCCAGUGCUGGUAAUUCAGGAAUUCCACACCACUCAGCUCUGUAAAAAGACACACCUACAGUUGUGUCUAUAAGAUGCAUCAAUACACCUCUUUCAACAUGGAAGAUGUUUUUGCCUGUGCAUCGCCCUCAGAUAAACAGCAGUAAUGUUAUUAGCCAUCAGUUUGGUAAGCUUGUAGGCAAGGAUUUAAUUCAUAAUUGCAUAAAUCCUUGUGUGGUUGGCCACUGUGUGUUUGUGUGUGUUUGUUUAUGUUUAUGUAUGCGUUUGUUUUCAAAGCUUAACUAGAAAACUUUUCCACAGGAAAGUUAGAUUAUUAUUUUAUUUAUUAUACUUUCCUCAUUUAUCAUUCUAAUAUAAACAUUGUCUUCCUUAUGUGCGCUACGAAUUUCCAUUUUUUUUAAGGCAAUAAGCUUUAUCAUAGGGGCAUAGUUUCCGACUUUCACUAUUAAAAAUGACUGUUGUCAUGACUUUCCGACAGUUUAUUAUUAACAGUAAAUUAUUUUUCUCUUUGUGAAAUCAACGGGAUUUUCUCAGGAAUGAGUGCACCCAAGCUGGCACCGCCACUUUUUCCUCAAUGAACCUAAAACACACCAAACUGUGACCUCAAUGCCGAGGUAUGUACUGAACCGUGACUUUUGUGAAACGUUCCACCCCAAAUGCAGUUGGUGCCACUUGCAACAAACGAAGAAAAAAAGAAAAAAGAAAAAGGAUCACUGAGGGUUAUUUCUUUCAGGACGAAACAAAUUCUGCCAGUACAUUCACUAAGUCAACACUUGCAUACUAAUGAAGUCAAGUUAUUUAUUUUUUUAUGGAUUCUAGAAUACAUUUACGUGAGCUAAUACCUCCUAAAAUGACUUGGAUGAAUGGAAGUUAUACUGUAAAAUUUGUUUGUUGCCUCUGGUACUAAUCAGUCAGAUACUAGUUUGUCAUCUGUGUUUUUGGGCCUUAAGUCUCUUUCAUGCGAUCACCUUAAACCCCUCAGUCAGAGCCAACAUCAUGCCUUUAUAUUGCUGUUCAAUGGCCUUCGUUUCACCAUCUUUUCUAAAGCUUGUAGUUUUUUUUUUUUUUUUUAUUUCACUCCUGUAGAAGGGACUUAAUGGCUGAUGGUUGGAAACAGUGCCCUCUAGUGGUCAAAUGUGGACUUUAAAAAAAAAAAAAAUGUGGGCAACUGUGGUAUUUGACAAGUGCUUUAUUCUAAUGUUCCCAAGUUUUAAAAAGGUUGAACUGAUGAGCAUGCACGCUUUUAGAGUCUCAUUUCACUUUGUAAGACAGGUCAGGAAUAAUUUCAACAAUAACACACCCAAGCACAAGUAUCCACUGUAUUAAACAUGUACUGAAAUGACUCAGUAGCAGAUUAGAAAUCACAUUUGCAGGUCUUUGUAUUGGAACAGCCGCAUAAAUCAAUACUAAUGUUAUGACAUAAACAUCAGGAUUUGGAAUUUAGUUAUCAUACUAUUUUGUGGUGCAGUUAGAAUAUUGUGUUUUGAUUCUAAAGGCUGCAGUACCGUUCAAUGACUUGACGGCUCCACAUGAAUGAACAGGGAAUGUCUCUACCUGCUUGACUAGAGUUGACUUUUUUUUUUGUUGUUGUUGGUUUUUUUUUCACUUUUUUUUGGCAGAAACUAUAUCACCUACUCCUGAUUUAAAUGUUUAACACUCAUAGUCGAAUCAUGUUUUCCAGCUUUAGGCUGCAGUGCAACUCAAGGUGCUGCUACAUUAUAUUUCUGCCCAACGAAUACUUCUCAGCCUCACAAUCGUUUCGGUGUAAGCCUCUACGGUGGAGAAAUUUAAGCAUCCACUUCCUGUUAACCUGCGAUCUCCUCCGAUCAGAGUUCACCGUUUUCAACUUUGACCUUGCAGAUGUGCAUGGCCAAUAGAAAACACUGACACACUGUACCUUGAAAUGGAGAAGUCACUGUUCUAACGCUGUGUCAUCAUCUUGUUUUGUUCAAUAUCACACUAACAAGACUACAAACUGCAGCAUCACCCUCGUGGAAUGUUUGCAGUUUGUAAUCGCUCUGAUCGACGUUUAUUUAUCACCCACAUUGGAGUUGUGUGACAUCACAUCUGUUUUCGGGGCUGAGUGCGGAACAGUUUUGUUCAAAAUAAGGUGAAUGUGACUGUACCUUUCAGUUGUAAGGGCACAGGGAGUAGGAAGUCAGUGCACUGCACACGGGAAAUUAAAGGGCAUUGGAGCAAACGGUGUAGUGAACAAAAAUAAAUAUAAGGUCUUAAAUUAUGUUUAUGUCUCACAACUACAUGAUGUUUUUUAAAAGACUGUAGCUCUCCUUACCUCCACUAACAGCUUUGAUUUUAGAAAUGUUUUUCUCUCCUUAAUGGGUUUUUAAAAAACAUAUGUUUUUUUUUAUUUAGGUUCUCAGAAGGAAUUAUAAUUAUGUCUGGGUUGAUUUGGUUAUCUAACAAUUUAACACACUUUAUCUGUUUUUCCUCUUGGGGAAAAUGGCUUGAUUCAGUGUAACCCAGACAUCACUGCAUUGUGAUAAUUUGCAUUCCUGAAAUCAAUAUGUAUACUGCUGUUUUCGAACUGAUUUAUGUUACACAUUUAUAUUUUGGUAGAAAAAAAAAAGAAAAUUGCUGUAAAUUAUAUUUUAAAUUUAAUUUUUUAAGUACCAAUCCAAUGUUUUACCUCAGUACAGAGAAGGUAAUGUUGUAAUUUAGUGAUUGGAAAUCAGCUGUUCAUACAAAAAUUAGCUUUGGUCAGAGAAGUAGUCGAAAUACUGUACAUUGGUUUGCGGUAUUAGCAGUGAUCCUCGAUUGAACUGAUGAAGGGAUUUUUCUUACAGUUUUUAAAUACAUAUUUUAAAUAGGAUAUGCUCUGGGACAAAAUGCCAUCGUUGACGUAAUGAUGUCAACUUAAUUUUACUUAGAAAUAGCAUUCUUUUUGUUGAUUAAAUGAGAAUUAUAUCUAAGAUAUGCAUGCUUUUAAUAAGAGUACUGAUAUAUAAAGUUAUAAGCCAGUGUUUCUCAUCAGAUGGAAGUGAAUCAUGUUGGCUCUGAGUAGAAGUUACCUUAAGACGCUCAUCAUGAGAUAGAGAAGUGACCCCGCACUGAAUUUUAACCUUUUCAAGGUGGGAGUAUCGAUACUGAUCAUGGGUUGGUGUUUAUGGGCUGACAUCAUCCAUUUUCAGAGGAUGUAUUGUGUAAAUACAAGAGAACUGCUGUUUUUAUGCCACAAGGGGGCGCCUUCAUUUCAGAGAUACAGUAGGGAGCACCAAUAACAUUAUACCUCUUUUUUCUACAGUAGCAUUUCAAAAGGUUUUGAUAUGAUAGAAAACUCAACUUAGAUACUGUUAUUAGAAAACUGAAAUCAGCUGUAAGUUUUAUUUUGUUUCAGGAUUUUAACUUAUUCAGAUAAUAAAAGUUCACUUGUAAAAUAUGGUAUAAGGAUGCUAACAUGGAGAUCAGUUUUAACUAUGGAUUAUAGUCUGUAUUAUCAAUUCAGGUUAAGAAAUUAGUGUUGCUUUCAUCCUAUUUUACAGGCAUUUCUUCCUUUUAUACUCUGCUAAAAUGCAAAAAAUGUGUUUUGAUUCUAUUCAUUUUGUCUUUUUUAUCGCACUUUGGCAGCAGAUUCCUGUGUAGAUUCAAAUCUGAGUUGUCUUAUUAGUAAGCCUAAUUUAUACUUUUGUAGCAACACUAUUUUUAUAUAAUGGCAAAGAAAGGGUUCAAUGUCUUUUUUUGUUUUGUUUUUCCUGUGUCAUAUAUGGCAGCGCUGUUCAAUGUUUCUUGAAUACAUUACCCACUGUAGUAUGUGAUGUGUGAAUAAACUCCAAAUCUGUGUCAAA